AUGGAGUCUUGCAAGCUCUUGACCACGCCGGUGGCUGUCACAUCAGAGGCUGAUCCAGACUCGAACGUUGCCCUAGAUGAUCCUACUGCUUAUCGUCAACUUGUUGGCUCUCUCAUGUACUUGCUGAUCACUCGCCCGAACCUAUCUUUUGCGGUGAAUCGGUUGUGCCAAUUCAUGCACCAACCCAUGCAAACUCAUUGGGUCGCUCUCAAACGUGUUCUCCGCUAUGUGCAGGGUACCAUGCACCUUGGUCUCCGUCUCACGCCCAUGGCGGCUCCCAUCAUACACGCCUUUUCAAACUCGGACUGGGCCGGUUGCCCUAUUGACCGGAAGUCCACAGGUGGCCAUGCGGUGUUCCUAGGUUCGAAUUUACUAUCGUGGGGGUCCCGCAAACAACGAACGGUAGCUCGGUCUUCCACCGAGGUAGAGUACAAAGCGUUAGCCGAUGUCGCUGCUGAAGUCACCUGGAUACGGUCUCUCCUUCGUGAGAUCGGUCUACUUCCGCCUACCGUACCGGUACUCUGGUGUGACAACCUACGAGCUACCUAUAUGUGCUCCAAUCCAGUGUUCCACGCGCGCACAAAACAUGUUGAAGUCGAUUAUCACUUUGUCCGGGACAAAGUCACUUCUGGUGCCCUUAAAGUCAAUUUCGUGUCAACGCAUGAUCAGCUGGCAAACAUCUUUCGUCUGCUUGGUUCAAUGAGUUGCGAUUCAAGCUGGGCGUGGUCCCUUGUCCCUCUUCCGCUUGAGGGGGAGUAUUGA